ACCCUAUAUAAGGCUUCCUGUUUUCGCCCGUUCAAAUCAAAAACCCCCAAACCCUUCCCCCAUUGUUCCUCUCUCUAGGUUUUUGAUUUCCUGUGAUUACUAUUCGAUCGAUCAACCAUGUCGCUAAGGCCGAGCGAGAGAACCGAGGUUCGCCGCAACCGAUACAAAGUCGCCGUCGAUGCCGAGGAAGGUCGUCGGAGGAGAGAGGACAACAUGGUGGAGAUCCGGAAGAACAAAAGAGAAGAGAGCUUGCAGAAGAAGCGACGUGAAGGCCUUCAAUCUAAUCAACAGUUCUCUGCCUCCGUUCAAUCUUCCUCUGCCGUCGAAAAAAAGUUAGAACAUCUACCUGCAAUGGUUGCGGGUGUAUGGGCUGAGGAUGGUAAUUUGCAGCUAGAGGCAACUACUCAGUUUCGUAAAUUGCUAUCUAUAGAACGCAGACCUCCAAUUGAGGAAGUUAUUCAAUCUGGUGUUGUUCCACGUUUUGUCGAAUUCCUUAUGAGGGAGGAUUUCCCACAACUUCAGUUUGAGGCAGCUUGGGCACUGACAAACAUUGCAUCGGGAACAUCUGAGAAUACCAAGGUGGUAAUUGAUCAUGGGGCUAUUCCAAUUUUCGUGAAACUUCUUGGUUCUUCUAGUGACGAUGUUAGGGAGCAGGCAGUAUGGGCCUUGGGAAAUGUUGCUGGGGAUUCUGCCAAAUGCCGUGAUCUUGUCCUUGGCCAUGGAGCGUUGCUUCCUUUGCUGGCGCAGUUAAAUGAGCAUGCCAAGCUAUCCAUGUUAAGAAAUGCUACAUGGACUCUUUCAAACUUCUGUAGGGGAAAGCCACAACCUGCUUUUGAUCAGACAAAGCCAGCACUUCCAGCUCUUCAACAUCUUAUUCAUUCGAAUGAUGAAGAAGUUCUGACUGAUGCAUGUUGGGCCCUUUCAUAUCUUUCAGAUGGUACAAAUGAUAAAAUUCAAGCUGUUAUUGAUGCAAAUGCGUGCCCCCGGCUGGUUGAACUUUUACUUCACCCCUCCCCUUCAGUGCUCAUUCCUGCCCUUCGUACAGUUGGUAACAUUGUCACUGGGGAUGACAUGCAAACUCAGUGUAUCAUCAACCAUCAAGCACUACCCUAUCUUUUGAACCUGUUGACCAGUACUAGUAAGAAGAGCAUCAAGAAGGAAGCUUGUUGGACUAUCUCAAACAUCACUGCUGGCAACAAGGAGCAGAUUCAGGCUGUGAUUGAAGCUAAUAUUAUCGGCCCUCUGGUUCAUCUACUUCAAAAUGCAGAGUUUGAUAUCAAGAAAGAGGCUGCUUGGGCACUCUCAAAUGCUACCUCGGGUGGUACCCAUGAUCAAAUUAAGUAUUUUGUGAGCCAAGCGUGUAUCAAGCCAUUAUGUGAUCUUCUUGUUUGUCCUGAUCCGAGGAUUGUCACAGUUUGUUUAGAGGGGCUUGAAAACAUUCUGAAGGUUGGUGAAGCGGAGAAGAAUUUGGGUAGUUCUGGAGAUGUGAAUCUCUAUGCUCAAAUGAUUGAUGAUGCUGAUGGUUUAGAGAAAAUUGAGAACCUUCAGAGUCAUGACAACAAUGAGAUUUAUGAGAAGGCGGUGAAGAUUCUUGAGACAUAUUGGUUGGAGGAAGAUGAUGAGACAAUGCCACCUGGUGAUGCAUCCCAACCAGGGUUCCAAUUUGGAGGGAGUGAUCUUCCUGUUCCAUCUGGUGGAUUCAACUUCAGCUGAAGGACUUCUGGGAAGCUAAUGCCAUUGAAGUCCCAGUGGGAUAAUAGUCGGGGUUGUGUCAGGAGUCGUGUCAUCUUGUUUGUGUCCUGCACUGGUCCGGUCUAAGUCAGGUGUGGCUGAAGGGGUUGCUGGACUAGCUAUGGUUUCUCACAAAGGCCAAAAGUGUUAGAUCGUGGGUACAGACAUUAAUGUGGCAGGUAUGGUUCUGUUGCUUCUCUAAACCCAUGUUUUGAGAAGUUUGGGAUUCUUUUUUUGGCGAGUCGGUCAGCCUUUUGGAUGUUGAGUGUUUCUAGUUGCGAUUAUGUUUGUAGUUGCAGUUAUAUAGUUCUAUUUGCAAUUUGUUGCCGGGGGAUUUUGGCAUCCCAAAACAUAUUGUUGUCUUUCCCGGCUUUGUGGUCAGGAGGAACAUGUGAAUUCUCUCCUUUGACAGCUUUUAUUGUGAUGGUCUUUCCUUGUAAACUUUCUUGCUUUAAAAUGUUACAGCUUGAGUCAUAAAUGUUUUUUGUUCGUAAUUGAAUGGAAUAUUGUUUAUUAGUGUCAAAUAGAAAACUGUGAAAUUCUUAGAAAAGGAAUUGCUGCAACGUUAUUGAUGCACUUUUGUCUA